AUGAUUCGCGACAGAAUUGUCUUCAGCACCAAAUCAAUGAAAAAUAGAGAAAAGCUGUUCGACGAAGGAGCAGGUCUUACUCUCGAAAGGGCUAUCAACAUCGCACGAUCCUAUGAAGGAUCACAAGCUCAGCUAAAAGCUAUGAAUCCCGCUGGAAACAAGGGAAAAAUCGAUGUUAUUUCGCGUCCUAAGAGCCGAAAUAUACAACCAAAACAUGGCACUUCUGCACAGGCAGCCCAGCAAUGCAACCUGAAAUCUACACAGGUAGCCCACCGGCACCGUGAUGAAAAUCCAGCUAAUAAUUGUGAAAAUUGCGGCCGCUCUCACAGCAAAUCCGAAGCCAGUCCAGCCAGAGGUCAAACCUGCAAUUAUUACAAAAAGAAAGGCCAUUUUAUUCAAGUCUGCAGGAAAAGAAUGCGAUCAAAACAAAGAAUUCACGAAAUUCAAGACACUGCUACAUCAUUUGAAGAAAAUUUCGAGACCUUAGCAUUUGAGCCUAUCUGCGUUGGAAACAUAAAUCAAGAAAUCAAAGCACAUAAAGAUGAAGUAUUUCCUACUGUCAACGUCAACAUUGCCGGAAGAGGAAAACGGGAGCCCAAGGAAACGUGCUACCCCUCCGCAUCUAUUGCAACAUGUACCCCCAAAAUAUCAAUGCCAACGGCAAACCAAGGCCAAGAACACUGA